CAAAAGUGAAAAUUAGACAUGGGCAGAUAAUGAUAAAAUAAAAGACAUUGUAUGGUAUUUCAUUGUGUUAUUUUCCCUUUACCUGUCCUUGUGAUGUGCAAAGACAAUCUCAGCUUUGAUUCUUUUAAUCUUCUCUGUCUUUAUUCAGACAUGUAUGUUUAAGACGGUUUUGGUGCGUGUUGAGACUAUAUUGUGUAUUUUUGGUUGAAUGGUCUGUAAAGAGGAUGAGCAAAAGUUAUACUUGAACCACCGGGAUAAUAUACUGUGAGUCGAUAGAAUGGAGGACGAUAACGGGCUUGAGCUUAGCUUGGGUCUAUCUUGUGGUGCUUCAUCUGCCAAAGCCAGAGGCAAGAUUAGUAGCUCCUCCGAUACUAGGACAGAAGAAGGUGAUAGAGGUGUCAAAAUAGUGGAUAACUUUAAAAACUUUCUUCAAGCUGGAAACGAGAAACAAGACCCCAGUGUGGGUUCUCAGAGAAGUGAUCCAAUAAAACCUUCGGAAAAUUUCUUUAAUGAUCUUUCCAAGGGUAACGGUGAGGUAGAAGCUACUGUUAACUUGAAUGGUAGAGGUCUUUGGGGUACAAACAGUAACAGGUCUGCUGAAAUCGAUGAAGAUAAGCGGUCCGAAACGGGUAGUAAACGUAAGAUGUUGUUUAAUGAGAUAAACAAUCCAAAGAAGCUCGAAAGAGAAGCUCAUCACACUGAUUUGCAUGAAAAGUCCAAAACAUCACAUAUCUCCCUAACGGAAGAUGGCUCAACUGCUGAGAAUGAAGACGUUGCGGAGUCUGAAGUUGAGGGUUCGACCUCAAGGCUGGUUUCACACCAUGAUGAUGGAUCCAAGCGAUUUAUGGGAGUUAGUGGUUCUGCUGAGGUGCCUAAGGAGGUUAAGCUGGGAAACUUGAAUUAUGGUAACUCAUUCCAGGUCCAAUCGGUCAAUGUCAUGAAUGCACCUUUCUCAUUGCCUAUGAAGGAUUCUAACUCUGUCGGGAUCCCUAGUUCAUCAGGUCAUACAAUGCCUGGCAUGAUGCAAAUGAUGCCUACCGGAAAUAGUGAACGGUCUGGGACCCAGUCUGUGAAUCCUGGAAACUUACCAGUUAUGUUCGGGUACUUGCCUGUUCAACUUCCACUGUUGGAUAAGGAUAAUCCCUGGGGUAUGGUCUCUCACCCUCCGCAAUUCCAGGCUUCAUAUGCUGGCAGAAGUCCACCUAAUGCAGAUAAGCAGAGUGAUGGACUGAAAAUAUCACAAGCUUCCAUGCAUACAAUUGCGCGCAAUUCCUCUGAGGCUGCACAAUAUGAUGGCAGGACAUUCGAAAGGGUGAAAGGUGAAGGUAAACAGCAUGGUGUAGAGGAAGGCUCCUCUACUCGGGCAGAGGAAGAUGUAAAAGGAAGCAGCGUGAAUCUCAGAGCAAAUGCUACAUCUGAUCGACAAACUGCAGAAGCCUUAAAUCUUGAUUUUUCAGCCAUAAAACCCGGAAUUGCUGCAGACCUGAAAUUUGGUGGAUCUGGUUCUUAUCCAAAUUUACCAUGGGUUUCAACCACAGGUACUGGUCCACACGGCAGAACUAUUUCUGGUGUUACUUACAGAUUCAGCACAAAUCAGAUAAAAAUCGUUUGCGCUUGCCAUGGAACCCACAUGUCCCCCGAAGAGUUUGUUCGUCAUGCCAGUGAAGAGUGCACCAAUCCUGAUAAUAACAACGGUUUGGCAACAUUUCCAGGUACCAAUCCUGCUGCCUCUAGUCAGAGCUGAAAUGACAUACAUUUACUUCCAAUCAAGUAUGACAUUGGUAUGGCCUUGAGAAUACACUGAUGAGGGGCCUUGCUUUUCUUGCGGAGUUUAGCUCUCUGUACCCUUUUCCGGUUGUAUUAGCUCCCGGAGUUGAAUACUUCAUUUGUAUGUAAGAAUUUCUAGCAUCCUUUUCUUGUCAAAUAGUAAUGUUAAGCAUUUUAUUUCUGUAGUAACAGUUAAGAGAAUCAUUUUCCUUUUGUUGUAUUUUAUUUUCCAGCCUUUUAAGCUUCAGAUUCUGUUAGUAUCUGCAGUUUUGUGAACCACUUUGGUAUACAAUGAUUGUUCUUAGGUCUUUAUGAUACUACUUUGGAAUGCGAUACUCGUAUUCUUUGUGGUUUU